GUUUGAUCAAAUUAGACUUUUGCCAAACUGAUCACCAAAUUGCUGAUAUUUUAACUAAGCCUUUGAACAGAGAGAAACAUGAGAAAAUGAGAAUGGAACUCGGAAUGAUCAAGCUAAGGUAAUUGCCAAAUUGGAGUUCCUCUAAGGCAAAAGCAAAAAUCAUGGUACAUAUAGACUAUUACAAACACAAAAUCUUGUGUGCAAACAUAGUUGAAGCUUACCAUCGUGGCAAAUUCACUCACACUUCAAAUGAGCAAGGUAAGCAGUUCCUUUCAAACUAGUUAAGUCAAAGAUACGAAAUUAAGCAAGUCAAAGUCAAACACAAUUUUUUAUUUUCCUUUUAUUUUUAUCUAUUUAUUUUUUUUCAAUUAAAAACCGAAUACCCAUAUUCAAAGAAUGUUUGGAACGGUUCCAUUGGCAAUAAAUAGGAGAAACUCUUCACUUUCCACAAUCAAUCCAUGCAACCCCCUUUCUCUCUCUCACACGCCUUCUCCACUGACAUCACCUCUCCUUCCACCUAUAAAAUAAAAAACCUCAACCAUGGUUCUCACAAGCAACAACACUGAUCUCACAUCCCUCAAACGAAAGAGAAACCCUUCAUCACCUGUUCCCAUGGAUACCUCACCCAUUCAAUCGCCAAUUCCUCUUCGAUCCCACAAUCCAAUGCUCGCAAUCACUCAGGGGGAACAAACCAACACUGACAUCGAAAUGAAAUCCCCAAUCUCAAACCCUAGAUCCUCCACAAGAAAAUCCAAAAAACGACGAGUGGAAACUUCUGGUGAAAACAUCGAGGAAACAGAGGAGAUUGCUCAAACUCAGGGGGAAGUAAAAGGGUCCAAGAAACUCACUGCAAAGGAAAACAAUCUGGUCGAGGGGUUCGCAAUCAACUCAACAUGGUGUGAAGCCACGAAAUUUAAAGAGUUGAUGGAAAUCCUUGAACAACAAAAGUGGGUAAGUCUCUUGAGUACCUAUGCCAAAUCCCCCUUAAUUCCUGAAGCUAUGAAAGAAUUCUGCAAGAACUUUGCAUGUGUUGAUAAUGUUUGCUCAAGUAAAGUGAAUGGAACUCGCAUCGAAUUUGAUGCCUCUUAUCUGGAACAGCUGUUUGGUACACCCAAUAGGGGUUUUGAUAUGUGGCUCAAAGGUCAAAUCACAGUGACCAUAGAUAAUGUAGAUGAGAAAGACAUAGUUGGUUCCAUUGGAGGAGAUUCUAAAGUAUCCACCUCCACCUCACACAACUGCUUUUCACCUCUUCAAAAAUUACUGUUUAAUAUUGUGUGGAGAGGUGUAGUUCCUCGAACUCAGAAAAGGAACAUAGCAAGUCUGUUUGAUGCAUGUCUCAUGUAUUGUCUUGAAAGAAAAAUUCCCAUAAACUUUCCUGCAAUCAUGAUCAAACACUUAUCCACCUGUAUCCCCAAAUUCAAAAUUCCAUACUCCUCCCUUCUCACAGAAAUCUUCAAAAGCUUCUCAGUUGACCUUAGCCCAUACUUUGUGAUUCCCUUAAAAUCCACCCAAAUCCUUCAACUUGAAAUGCUCCAUCUAUUAAAUCUUAAAGUAGUUCAGGGUAAAGUCAUUAGGGCUGGGAAGGAAGAGAAACAAGAUGAGGAAGAUCAGGAAGGAAUUGCAGUUAAAGAAGAAGUAGAGGAGGAGGAGGAACUCGAACAAAUAGAGGUCCCUUUACCUCGAGGGAACAGGAAGAGUGUAGGAAAAAGAAAGAGCAUGAGGGUAGCAAUGAAGGAGAACAAGAAAAGAGGGCCUGUCUUCAUGGAAAUAAAUGAGGAAGGGGAUGUCAAGGAGAUGCCCAUAGAGGAGGAUGCUGUUCCACUGAAUCAAGAAGAACUGCCUGAAACUGUUAGGCCAAGAAAAAGGACACCCAGAUCCUCCAAAAAGUCCAAAGCUAGUCGUGUUCCAUCUGAACAGGAACAUGUUCAAGAUCAUGGGGGUGCCUGGAACACAAAGGAUGAUCAGAUAUUGGAGCUAAAGGCAACAGUUGCUCGUCUGGUGGAACUCCAGGAGGGAACAGAUCACAGGAUUAGCUCAAUGCAGGCCCACAUAGGUGCAUUGGUUACAAGUGUCAAGACUCUCCAAAACGAUCUUCACCACUACUCAGAACAAGCCAAUGCAACUCGUGCCACAAUCCUCACAAAGAUCAACAAUCUGGAAUCUUUUGAGGAGACUGUGAUAGAAGAAACUGCUGGUUCUGGUUCCCCAUCCCAAGCCUAAAUCACCCUAUCCCAUGUUUCUUUUAUCUUUUGCCAUGGAACAAUUUUUUUUUUUUUGCUUUCGGUUUGUAUAAUUUUUAAACUUGGGUAUUUGUUCCAUCUUAUUUUGACUUGCUUGGUUACACAUAUCUAUGCUUUCUAGUCUUGAUCAUUACUGCUUGCUUUCAAUUUAUUGUAUGAGUUAGUUUAAUACUUUGAGGCUAGCUUAACUUGCCAAACGUUGAUCGUGGGGCACUGUGUUUGGAAUGGCUAUAUUUCGUGCUAUGCUUUUUGUUGAUGUCAACAGGGGGAAGUCAUGGGUGCAAACUUCCAAGGCACACUCAAUCCAGUUCCUGAAUCAAUCUCUCUGAAUCUCUCUGUAAGCCAAGGGUGCUCCUCUUUCUUCUCUCUAAUCUUUCUCUUCUGUUUUUCAAUUUUUAUGUUCUGUUUCACAAUAGUCUGUAUAAGUUCUUGUUUGUUUGUACUUACUCUCUUUGUAAAAAGUUUGCAAGUGUUGUCAUCACCAAAAAGGGGGAAUAUUGUUGUUCCUAUGUUUUGGUUGAUGACACACACAUAUUGCAAACUUCCUGAUUAUGGUUGCUAAAUGACUUUGAACAGGCAUAUGCCCAAGUUUCUAUUAGGAUAGGAACUUGAAUAAACUGGUGAAGUUCCUGAGGUACACUUGGAACAGUCAAUGGAGUUUCAGAGAUGGAAGUUGUAUCUGUUCCAGUUUGAAGUCACAAGAGGAGCAACACAGUUACAUAUCAAGAGUUCCGAAUAUCCACAAGAACUAUUACAGACUCAUAGCCAAGAGUUCCUGUGUUAGCUAGAGAGGAACUCAUCAAUGUUCCUUGGCUGGAACGUCUGAAGCUUCUGAGUUGCAAGUUCCAGACAAAGGGAAGACAUGAAGUCUAGGUAGUCCACUGUACUUAGAAUUUUAUGUAAAUAUUAAUUAUGCUAAUGGUAUAUAGAGUACUCAAGGAACUUAUGAUUUAAUUAGGCCAUUUAUUUUAUUGGAAGCGAUUUUUAUGGAAAACAUUUCAUAAAUAAAAACAAGUUUUGCAUAUUUAAUAUAAAAUAGAUUUACGUUUUAUUUUAUUUAAACAAAACUUAUUUUCCUAAAAUUACUCCUAAGUUUUUGUAGAUAAAUAAAAUCUGUUUUAAAGAAACGUUUUAGGGUUUGAUUGAGUCAAAUCUCCAACUGCUUCAUGGCUGAACGUGGGAAGUGGUCUUCCCCUUGUUCCUCAAGUCAAGGGACGUGGAGACCAAAGUGCUGGCAGUUAGCAGUUGAGGUUUUGAAGGGAACUAACCCUAAGGAUAAACACUAUAAAAGGGAAAUCGUUUUUGGUUUAAAGCACACAAACAUUCUGAGAGUUUUUGCUUUCCUAAAAACGUUUUGUCUAAGAUUUUCUAAAACAGUUUGUGUCCUAGUUAAUUCAAAGUUCCUAAGUUUCUUAUAUCCUCACAAAAGCAUUAUUAAUAUCUAGAGUUAUCCAAACACGAAUUACAUUUUGUAUUAGAAAGGAUAGAGUUAUCCUGUUUAGACUUAGAGUUUAAGUCUGAGAGAGAGAAGUUAAGGAGUUGUAAUCGAAGUAGAUUACUGUGAGGAACACGAGUUUGAGAGGAACUUGUGUUGGAGAGAUUAUUGUAAUCGAGGUAUUACCAUAAUAAAAGAAUUCUCUUCUUGAUUAGUAUCAAGAAGUUUUCACAAUUGUUGUUAUUGUCUUCUCUAUUCUCAGUUUCUUGAUUGUUUCUUAAGUUCCGCAAGAAACUCUAUCAAAGUUCUAAAUACAAUUCACCCCCCCCUCUUGUGCGUGUUCCUACUGGAAUAACAGAGGUGUUGAAGCUUGAUAUUAAUCUUAAUCUUAAUCUUGGAGUUCCUUUAUCUACUUGUUUCCCAAACAUGAAAGAGUUCCAUCUUACUUUUCUCGACUUCCCAAAAGAUAACUCUGUGACUAGGCUAAUUUCAAGGUGCCCAUCUCUUGAAUACCUGGCUCUGACUGCUGUGAAUUGGAAACUUGUGAAUCCCGUUAAUAUUUGUUCGCCUUCUCUUCGUAGAUUGGCUAUAAAUAUUACUGAUAAUUGGUUCAAAAAACCAAGGAGCAAGGUUGUACUUAAUGUUCCUAAUUUGGAGUAUCUAAACUAUGUGGAUGUUUGGUCAUUGAGCUAUUCCAUUGGAGAUCUGAAUUCUCUAGUUGAAGCUGAGGUUGAUAUUGCAGCUAGGGGUAGUUUUGAGACUGUACUUAACCUUAUUAGCUCGUUGUCUAAUGUCCGGCGUUUGCAUCUAAUGGGAAUGUGCGUACAGGUUUUAAAUCAAUGUGAGAUACUGAAGCAUAAGUUGCCCGUCUUUCGUAAUCUGAAUCAUUUGCAGCUUGGCUGUUGGAACUAUUUCAAAUGGAAUAAAAUAUUGAUGGAGCUGCUAACUUGUGCACCUUUUCUAGAAACACUUACUUUUACAGAGGUUAGUUGGAUUUAUUGAUUUUUUUGGAAGUUGGUAAACCACACUUCUUCCUUUUUUGUCAGUUGAUACAUUUUGACUUGGACACUAUUGAUAUACAGGUGAAAUCUUGUUAGAUUUAUCUCAAUGCAUAUUUUCAAAAUAUCAAACUUUUUGUAACUUAAGAAAUUCAUAUACUUUCUAGUGUAUUCAUUUACUUUGAUAAGAAAAAUAAUAAUAAUUAUAGUUAUGCAUUUACAAACAUUUAAAAAAUAAAACGUUUUAACAUAGGUAUAAGUAUUGCUUGAUCAUGGAGGCCUUUAACAAUACUGAAAUGUUGACAAAUACAUAUACAAGUCAUAUUAUUACGCGGGUUACUAGUGAUUUUUUUGGUUAGUUGGGUAGAUUCAAUAAGGGGAGUGCACUUAGUUUUAAAAAGCGCGCCUUAGCCGUCACACACCUAUGGAAGGCGUGCGUUUUAUGCGCCUUUUCCAUGCUUAAGGCGGCAACGCCUUACGGUAUAAGUCUCCAAUUGCUGACAAGUAAUAAAAAAACGGUUUGUUUAUGAAAUACCCUCGAGUUUUCAAUAAAUGCUUCAAAUACCUUUCGACUUUUCAAAAUUCACCAAAUAUCCUUUGAGUUUUCAAAAUAUAUCAAAUACCCUUAUUUAUAAACUUAAUUCAUCUUGUAUUUAUAAACUUAACUAGGUUAGGUCCCGUGCACAGAUGUUAAUAAAUAAAUUUUUUUGGCAAGCAAGUAAUCAAUAUAUUGAAGCACUUCAAAAGGUGUUGCAAGGAGGGACCAGAACAAAAAGCUAAGAACACUUAGCCUAAGCUAAACAAAGGAUACAGUAACAGGAACCAUUCCCUAUCAAAGAUGGAACCUACAAAAGCUAUACAACCUCAUUUCUAUCUCUCCAAACAUUAUAAACCAAUGCAGCAUUAGCAGCGUAACUCACUGCCUUCCUGAAUUGGCCCUUGCUAUGUCUCCUAGUCCACUGCAUCAAAGAAGCUACAUUGGACCUGUAGUUGUUGAUACCAAGCCAACUGAAGAUGGUUGUUUUACACUGAUUGCUGAACUCAUACCCAAAGAAAAGGUGGGAAACUGUUUAACUGGUAGAGUCACAAUGAUCAUCGGUACCUACCCCAAACUGGUGAAGUCAACCUCUGGUUUCGAGACAAACAAGGAAAGCUAACCACGUAAUGAAUCUGUGUCGGGGAAUAGAAAGUUUGUUCCACACAAACUAUUGCCAGGGCAACUUGCCUCCCUGAUUGCUGAUAUUGCCAUACAUUUGCUUAAUAGAGUAGUUAGGAGCAUCCAUCCACUGAUUACCAUUCAGGUGAGGAGAACAGUGAUGCAUCACCUUACAAAUGUACUUCAUAAUCCAAUUAACUAGCAGCAUGAGGGGCUAUGAACUGGUUCCAAUUUUUAGACUUCACAUACACAACAUGCACCUAUUUAACCCAUAAGUUAUCCUAUUUUUGAGCAAUGGCCAAGCUUGUUUACUUAUAGCUGCUUGAUUCCACAAACCAGAUUUCUGAAACCUAGGCCACCACUACUCUUUGGAAGGCAAAGCUUUUCCCAUGAAACUGAACCUGGUCUAUUUUCAUCAUAUGUUCCAAACCACAAGAAAUGCUCUGCAAAUAACAUUGAUUCUCUUACGAAUUGCCUCGGGAAACAAGAAGAUUUGAGCCCAAUAAUGGUCAUGAGCACUGAGUUGACAAGCUGAGCUCUACCAGCAUGUUUUGAACUCCAGAUUUUUAUUUCUAGCCACCAUUUUGUCAAUCAAAGCAUCACAAUCACCUGCUUUUAAUUUCCAGUGACUGACUGAGACCCUAGAUAUUUGAAAGGUAAACUCCCCUGGGUGAAACCAGAAACAGUGAUGAGUUCUUGUUACUGUUGUCCCUAAUACCACAACAUUAGAUGGAAGACUUGUGACUUGUGAGGGACUGAGGGUUAACACUUAGACAGUUAGACUUGUUGUGUCAGAAAAAAAUUGGAAUCCUGUAAGCAUGAGCUUGACAACCUCUGUGGAUCCCGUACAGAACAUCAAGGGAUCAUCAACAAAGCAUAGAUGGUUUAACUGCAAGCUUCUGCAUCUGGAAUGAAACUGGAAUUGAGGAUGAUCCCCAACUGUGAACAUUGCCCUUGAAAACUAUUCCAUGCGUAAGGUGAACAAGAGAGGAGAAUGAUCUAUGUAGUAGGCACUCCAUUGAUGAGUAUGGAGUACUGUGUUGUUGUGAGACAGGUCAUGACUAACUGAAAGAAAUGAGGAGGGAAGCCCAGGGCUACCGUGACUUCUUCAAUAAAGUUCCACUCUACAAUGUCAUAUGCCCUCCUAAGGGAAUCACAAAUAACACCAAUAAAUCAUAUUUGAAAUAUUUGGAAGUUGCAGAGCUUGAAUGUCAGUCAUGGAGCAAAACUGAAACAAGCCCAUUUUGUUUGGGGUUUCAUCUUAAACGAGUCACAAUAAACAAAUACCAUUGUUCGGAAUGGGAGCUGGAAAUAGUUAAAUAUAUUUUAAGAAACGCUUUAGUUCUGGAGGAGUUGCUUGUAGUUUGUGGAACUUCGGAGGGAAUAUUUCUUCAUACCACUUUGCACAAGCUUCCGAGAGGUUCAAUGACUUGUUCAAUAAUGGUCACGUGACACGGAUGAUUGGAUCAAAUCCGAAAUUCCAAUGUAACUUAUCUGAAUUUUUUGUUUUGAUUGGACAAAGCCCAGAUCUAAACCAAACUACAUGCCCAAAUUUGUGGGUUUCUAUUAUGCAUCCGAAAUCUAUUGUCCAUUUGAUUUUGAAAUCCUAACACUUACAAAGCUUUGAACUUGGUUUA